CGUCGGGGUCACCUCCCGCCGCCUGCGCCUUCGUCUGGGUCGCCUGCGCCGCCACCGCCGCCCCACGUGCGCGGUGGUUCCUGGGGCGCACGCUCCGUGCUUCCUCAAUUUUUGUAACUUUCCCCCUCUGCCUUCCUUUCUCCCAACCGCUAUUUUUUUUUCUUUUUUUUUUUCUUUUUUGCUUUGGGGGGGAAAAGAGUGUCGAAAGUGUCCACGGAUUGCGGCUUCGCAUUUAUCCUUCCUUCUCUCCCCGCCCCACUUUUUUUUUUUUUUUUUUUUAAGCGGAGACAACAUUGUUUAGUGUUAUUUUGUUUUACGAUCGAUAGCUUCCUUGGCGUGGUCUGGGCGGCUGCGGAGCGGCGGACUGGCGUGGACCUCAUGUAGAAAUGACAACAAUGGAAGGGGCCAGCGGGUCGAGUUUUGGAAUAGACACGAUUUUGUCCAGUGCCAGUUCGGGCAGCCCCGGCAUGAUGAAUGGAGAUUUCCGCCCGCUCGGCGAGGCCCGGACCGCGGAUUUUAGGAGUCAGGCCACUCCGUCCCCCUGUUCGGAGAUUGAUACCGUAGGAACGGCGCCUUCUUCUCCGAUCUCCGUCACCAUGGAGCCCCCGGAGCCGCAUCUGGUGGCAGACGGGCCCCAGCAUCACCACCACCUCCACCACAGCCAGCAGCCGCCGCCGCCGGCCGCGGCCCCCACGCAAAGUUUGCAGCCUUCGCCCCAACAGCAGCCGCCGCCGCCGCCGCCGCCCCCGGCCCAGCAGCUGGGCUCGGCCGCCUCGGCCCCCAGGACUUCCACCUCUUCUUUUUUAAUCAAGGACAUUCUGGGCGACAGCAAACCUCUGGCAGCGUGUGCACCCUACAGCACCAGCGUCUCCUCCCCCCACCACACCCCGAAGCAGGAGAGCAACGCAGCCCACGAGAGCUUCCGGCCAAAGCUCGAGCAGGAGGACAGCAAAACCAAACUGGACAAGCGGGAAGAGUCCCAGAGCGACAUCAAAUGCCACGGAACAAAGGAGGAAGGAGACCGGGAGAUUACGAGCAGCCGAGAGAGUCCCCCUGUGAGAGCCAAAAAGCCCCGCAAAGCCAGGACAGCUUUCUCUGACCACCAACUCAAUCAACUGGAGCGUAGCUUUGAGCGACAGAAGUACCUGAGUGUGCAGGACCGCAUGGACCUGGCGGCUGCACUCAACCUCACUGACACCCAGGUCAAGACCUGGUACCAGAACCGCAGGACCAAGUGGAAGCGGCAGACGGCGGUGGGCCUGGAGCUGCUGGCCGAGGCGGGCAAUUACUCGGCGCUGCAGAGGAUGUUUCCGUCGCCGUAUUUCUACCACCCGAGCCUGCUGGGCAGCAUGGACAGCACGACGGCCGCGGCGGCCGCCGCCGCGAUGUACAGCAGCAUGUACCGGACUCCGCCCGCGCCCCACCCCCAGCUGCAGCGGCCCCUGGUGCCCCGGGUGCUCAUCCACGGCCUGGGGCCCGGGGGACAGCCGGCCCUCAACCCCCUGUCCAACCCCAUCCCGGGCACCCCGCACCCCCGGUGAAGAGCCAGCCAGCCGCAGCCCCUCCCCGCCUCCUCCCGGCCCGGCCCCGGGCCGGCCCCGCCGGCCUCCCCAGCCGCCUUGCAGGAAGCCAAGAAGUGAGAGAAGAUGCUCAGCCGUGGGGGGCUUGAGGGGCGGGGGAGAGGAGCCAGCGGUCCCCCCCCACCCCCCAGAGACAGGGCCGGAGAGAGAGCUCCCCCACUGCAGUGUGACUGGCGAAAAACGCUGACCCCAGCCAGAGUGCGACCAGUAAGUGAAAAAACAUCCACACACACACAUCCUCCGGUUCUUUUUAAAAGUGACUUUAGGGACA